CCUACAAUCAGUCAGUCAGGGAAGCAGGCUGCCAGACGGGUGGGAGGCCAGGUACGCAGCAGCGGAGCAGGAAGAACAACCAGGUCGUUUUUUUCCCUUCUCUAUUGUUUUAUUUCCACGCACCCACUCCCGCAACCAGGUGCUCCUCUCAGCCCACCUGCGUUUUCAGCGACGCGGUUUCGUUCAGGAAAGGCGGCGCAGCGCUGGGGGGGAAAACAUGCCAGAAGACAGGAAAAAGCGGCUCUUCAUCGUGGUGGAUGUUCUGUGCGUGUUUGUCGCGGCUCUGCCUUCAGCCAUCCUCACGCUGAGGUUCAACCCCUAUCGGAGAGGAAUCCACUGCGACGACGAGAGCAUCAACUAUCCCUACAGGAAAGACACCAUCUCCCAUGGAACCAUGGCCGCUGUCACCAUCACCUGCUCUAUGGUCAUUAUCACCACCGGCGAGGCCUACCUGGUGCACACGAAACGCCUGCGUUCAAACUCCACGUUCAACCAGUACCUGUCUGCGCUCUACAAGGUGGUCGGCACCUUCCUGUUUGGCGCGGCGGUCAGCCAGUCCCUGACCGAUUUGGCGAAGUUCACCAUCGGCCGCCCCCGUCCGAACUUCUUGUCCGUGUGCGCCCCGAAGUCCUGCAAGGGAUACGUGCUGGAUAUCAACUGCACAGGCAGCCUGCACAAUGUGACGGAGUCCAGGCUGUCGUUUUACUCCGGUCACUCGUCCUUUGGGAUGUACUGCAUGCUCUUCCUGUCGCUCUACGUCCAGGCCAGGAUGCAGGGGAAGUGGACGAGGCUGGUCCGGCCCACCAUCCAGUUCUUCCUGGUGGCGUUUUCUCUCUACGUUGGAUACACACGCGUCUCCGACUACAAACACCACUGGAGCGAUGUCCUGGUGGGGCUGCUGCAGGGCGCGCUCAUCGCUGUGCUCACGGUUCGACACGUGUCGGAUUUCUUCAAGCAGCGGCCGCCGCUCUGCUCGCAGGCGGACGAACAGGCGGAGGAGGAGCAACUCGAGAGCAAGCCGAACCCGCAGCCUCUGGACUCGCAGCACGGAAACCACUACAGCCACCCCGGACUGGCGUGAGCCGCAGACGAGCGCCGGCGGCAGCCGCUCCGUUAUCCACAGAACUGUUUUCUAAAAGCACAAAUAACCCACACAGAAAACUUUGACACGGCUAUUUUAUGACUAUGACAAGUAUGAUUCCCCCAAAACCUGUUAGAACAGAAACUUGAUGUUUUUGUGGGUGGGUGUGUUUUCUGCAGAAAGAUGUGCCCAAUUGACUUGUGUGUGUGUGUGUGUGUGUGUGGAUUUGUGCACCAGUGUAGAAUAAUUAUAUUUUAUAUCGUCUCUUAAUCACUCAGCUUUUCAAAUUGUGCCAAAUUAAAAGUGACAGUUUUAAACAAAUGGCAAGAGAACGUUCCUCUUCUUCAGUCGAAUAACAAACCCUUGCCGCGUUGUCGCAGUCCGGAUCGGUUUUAUAUUCGCUGCAGCUGAAUGUAUCUGCACAUCCCUGACGUUUUAAUUUUCCUAUGCAUGUGUUUUUAUCCUCCUCAGAGGCAGGUGCAUCUGUUCAGCCAUGUUCUCCUCUUUAUAGCUAUUGUAUGCGAUGAAUAUGUCAUUUCAAGAUUAACACGUUUUCUAUGUUACAGUGGCAGUUCCUGCUUUGAUGGCACGUCGACUAAUAGAGAGUUAAGUUUUAUAUAUUUUAAAGAAUCUGUCGACAGAAUAACUAUCUCCAGGUUUUAACUAGUGUAUAUAUUGUUUUGAUUCUUGUCUCAUGCGAAAUGGUUCUAAAGACAAAAAGGCAAGGAAAACAAAUGGAAUAAAGAUUUCAUACAUUUCAGGUA